AUUUAUUUAUCUUUUAUUCCUGUCAAUAAUGCUCUUUACUCCUAAAAACCACGCCGAAAAGAAUUCUUGGCUUCAACCCGAAUCACCUGCUACAAAAGUUAAAAACCGGCUCUCACUCUUCCUCAAGCGAAAAAGUACAGACAGACCCGUCAGUCAAGCAACAGCAGCUCUUGAAUGUCCUGCUUUUGAAUCCACCUACUCUACUUCCUCCACAGCUUCAUUUUCAUCUUCGGCUUCCUACCGAAGCUCGCCUCCCUUGACACCAUGCCUGGCUAUGGAAUCGGUUCCGGCUGAAUUCAGUGCACCUGUUGAACCAUUGACCUUGACUCCUGCCUGGGAGCUUAAAGAUAUGUCACUCGGAUUCCAAGUUCGUCACUUACUUGGAACUGCCUUUGAAGAAACCGAUCAAAUCAUUGACGAGACCUGGACAGAAAGCCGUCGAGAAUUGACCAAUACCCUGGCCACUCCAUUCCCUCUCCAGUACAACUAAGAGUUGUAUCGACCCACAACAGAUUCUUUUAUUUUUCUUUCUUUGUUUUUCUUUACAUUCUAAUUUCCUUUUAUAAUUUCUCUUUAAUACUUAAUACUACUCUUGAUUCUAAUUCAACUAAUAUUACAACAACUAAUACAACUAAUAAUAAUAAUAAUAAUAAUAAUAAUAAUAAUACUACUACCACU